AUGCCUGAGGCUCCAAACCACUACCAUCUAUGCAGCAAGCCAAAUGGACAGCUUGAUGAUGAUGGUAGUAAUACUAACGUCAUCAAGGACAACAACACUAAAGCACUGAAAUACAUUGAGGACGUUACCAGCAACACUGAUGAAAUUCAAGAAAGGGUCCUUGCCGAGAUCCUUUCUUCCAGUGCACACGUUGAGUACCUUCAACGUCAUGGCUUAGAUGGGCACACAGACAGAGACACGUUCAAGAAGAUCAUGCCUUUGGUGACCUACGAGGAUUUAAAACCAGAUAUUGAUCGCAUAGCAAAUGGUGAUACCUCCCCAAUUUUAUGUUCCAAACCAAUAUCUGAGUUCCUCACUAGCUCUGGAACAUCUGGUGGGGAGAGAAAAUUGAUGCCAACCAUAGAAGAUGAGCUAAAGAGGAGGUCAUUACUUUAUAGCCUCUUGAUGCCAGUGAUGGAUCAAUUUGUACCCAAUUUGGACAAGGGCAAAGGCAUGUACUUUUUGUUCAUAAAAUCAGAAGCCAAGACCCCAGGGGGACUCCUAGCUCGUCCAGUUUUAACAAGCUACUACAAAAGUUCACACUUCAAGAAUCGCACACAUGGUCAUGAUCCUUACACAAACUACACUAGCCCCAUUGAGACCAUUCUCUGCUUAGAUUCUUAUCAAAGCAUGUAUUCUCAGUUGCUUUGUGGCCUUUAUCAAAACCACCAAGUUCUUCGUGUUGGUGCUGUUUUUGCUUCCGGUUUCAUCCGUGCCAUCAAGUUCCUCGAAAAGCAUUGGCUUUGUUUGUGUAAUGACAUUAGAAAUGGGAACAUAAACCCUGAAAUCACUGACUCAUCCGUGAGAGAUGCCAUCAUGGAAAUACUCAAGCCAAAUCCAAAGCUUGCGGAUUUCAUAGAAGCUGAAUGCAAGAAGGGUUCUUGGAAGGGGAUUAUUACUAGGUUAUGGCCCAACACUAAGUAUGUUGAUGUUAUUGUCACUGGAACUAUGUCUCAGUAUAUUCCAACAUUGGAUUACUAUAGCAAUGGUCUCCCUCUUGUGUGUACCAUGUAUGCUUCCUCUGAGUGUUAUUUUGGCCUCAACUUAAACCCUUUAUGUGAACCAAGUGAGGUGUCUUACACCCUCAUUCCCACCAUGGCCUACUUUGAGUUCUUGCCCCUUAAUGAGAUAAAUGGACACACCAAUUCAGUUUCUCACUCAGAGCAAGAACAUUUGGUUGAUCUCGUAGAUGUAGAGUUGGGUCAGGAAUAUGAGCUUGUGGUCACCACUUAUGCAGGCCUUUAUAGGUACCGGGUUGGUGAUAUACUCCGUGUAGCAGGAUUCAAGAAUAAGGCUCCUCAAUUUAACUUUAUAUGCCGCAAGAAUGUGAUUUUGAGCAUUGAUUCUGACAAGACAGAUGAAGUUGAGCUACAAAAUGCUGUGAAGAAUGGAGCUAACCAUCUAGCACAAUUUGGAGCAUCCCUCACAGAAUACACAAGCUGUGUCAACACAUCCACUAUCCCAGGCCACUACGUAUUGUACUGGGAGAUUAGCAUGAUUGAUAAUGGCCAAACCCUAAUUCCUGCUUCAGUCUUUGAAGAGUGUUGUUUUGUGGUUGAAGGGUCUCUCAAUAGCGUGUAUCGCCAAGGUAGGGUAUCAGAGUCCAUUGGACCAUUGGAAAUCAAGAUAGUUGAGAAUGGAACAUUUGACAAGCUUAUGGAUUUCGCUCUUAGCCAGGGUGCUUCCAUAAAUCAGUAUAAAACACCUCGUUGCGUGAAAUAUUUUCCCAUUGUUGAUCUUCUUAAUUCCAAGACAGUUUCCAAUUACUUCAGUCCAAAAUGUCCAAAGUGGGUUCCUGCUCAUAAGAAGUGGUACCCUUGA